GUUCUGGUUCACACAUCAGAGACAACUCGUCUUAAAUAUUUUAUUGAGUUGUUGCUUGAGAAACGAAAACCGCUAAUGCUAGUAGGAAAUGCGGGAGUGGGAAAAACAGUCUUUGUGAAUGACACGCUGGCGAGUCUCUCUGAGGAUUACGUGGUAUCUCGUGUGCCUUUCAACUACUACACAACGUCCGCAGCUCUGCAACGAAUUCUUGAGAAACCCCUAGAGAAAAAAGCUGGUCGUAACUAUGGUCCAGUGGGAAAUAAAAAAUUGGUUUAUUUUAUUGACGACAUGAACAUGCCUGAGGUGGACUUAUAUGGCACUGUUCAGCCUCACACUCUGAUUCGACAGCAUGUUGAUUAUGGACAUUGGUAUGAUAGACAGAAGGUGAUGCUUAAAGAAAUCCAUGGCUGCCAGUAUGUUGCCUGCAUGAAUCCCAUGGUGGGCAGUUUCACCAUCAAUCCCAGGCUACAGAGACAUUUUACAGUGUUUGCAUUCAACUUCCCGUCCUUGGAUGCACUAAACACCAUCUAUGGCCAAAUCUUUAGUUUCCAUUUCCAGCAACAAAGUUUUGGUCCAUCACUUCUCAGAAGUGGCCCCAUUUUGAUCCAGGCAAUGAUAGCUUUCCAUCAGAUGAUGAUGCAGAACUUUUUACCCACAGCUGUUAAAUUCCACUACAUCUUUAAUCUGAGAGACCUCACAAAUGUCUUCCAGGGGAUUUUAUUUGCUUCUCCUGAGUGUUUAAAAGGUCCAGAUGAUUUAGUUCGCCUGUGGCUUCAUGAAUCUUCCCGUGUUUAUGGAGACAAACUGACAGACACAAAAGACUGUAAUUUGUUUCAGAAAAAAAUGCUGGAAACUGCUAGUAAAUAUUUUGAAGGUGUAGACAGUCAUAUGCUGCUUCAACAACCCCUCGUUUAUUGCCACUUCGCUCAUGGGAGGCAGGACCCAUGUUACAUGCCAGUGAAGGACUGGGAAGUGCUGAAGACGACUCUCACAGAAACCUUAGACAACUACAAUGAGCUCCAUGCUGCCAUGCACCUAGUCCUGUUUGAGGACGCUAUGCAACAUGUGUGUCGCAUCAGUCGGAUCUUACGAACUCCUCAGGGUUUUGCCCUCUUGAUUGGAGUCGGGGGCAGUGGCAAGCAGAGCUUGUCUAGGCUGGCAGCUUAUAUCUGCAGCCUUGAGGUUUUUCAGAUCACUCUGACGGAAGGCUAUGGAAUCCAAGAGCUUCUGGUAGAUCUUGCCAAUUUGUACAUCAGAACCGGAGCCAAGAACAUGCCCACUGUGUUCCUGCUGACAGAUGCCCAGGUUCUAGAUGAAAGCUUCCUUGUGCUGAUUAAUGACUUGCUGGCAUCAGGAGAAAUCCCAGAUAUGUUCAGUGAUGAAGAUAUGGACAAGAUAAUUUCUGGAAUUCGUAAUGAAAUUCGUGGUCUGGGCAUGGUGGACUCCAGAGAAAACUGUUGGAAAUUCUUUUUGGCCAGGGUGCGACUACAGCUCAAAAUCAUUUUGUGUUUCUCUCCGGUGGGUCACACGCUGAGAGUCAGAGCUCGGAAGUUCCCAGCCAUAGUUAACUGCACGACUAUUGACUGGUUCCAUGCGUGGCCGCAGGAGGCUCUGGUCUCAGUCAGCAGGAGGUUCAUUGAGGAAACCAAGGGAAUUGAGCCGCUGUACAAAGAUUCCAUUAGCCUUUUCAUGGCCCAUGUUCACACCACUGUAAAUGAAAUGAGCACCAGGUAUUACCAGAAUGAGAGAAGACACAACUAUACCACCCCAAAGAGUUUUCUAGAACAAAUAUCACUGUUCAAGAACCUGUUGAAGAAGAAGCAAAAUGAUGUAUCUCAGAAGAAAGAGCACUUGAUGAAUGGCAUCCAGAAGCUAAAAACCACUGCCUCUCAGGUGGGAAAUCUAAAAACUAGACUCGCCUCUCAAGAAGCUGAGUUGCAGCUGAGAAAUCAUGAUGCAGAAGCUCUGAUCACAAAGAUCGGGCUGCAGACGGAGAAAGUGAGCCAGGAAAAGGCCAUCGCUGACGCUGAGGAGCAAAAGGUGACAGCCAUCCAGACUGAAGUGUCCCAAAAACAAAGAGAAUGUGAGGCCGACCUACUCAAGGCUGAGCCCGCGCUGGUGGCUGCUUCAGCUGCACUCAAUACACUCAACAGGGUCAACCUCACUGAGCUGAAAGUCUUUCCUAACCCUCCAAAUGCGGUCACCAAUGUUACUGCAGCUGUGAUGGUCCUCCUGGCUCCUCGGGGCAGAGUACCCAAAGACCGAAGUUGGAAGGCAGCUAAAGUCUUUAUGGGAAAGGUUGAUGAUUUUUUGCAAGCGUUAAUUAACUAUGACAAAGAGCACAUUCCAGAGAACUGUCUAAAAGUGGUGAAUGAACAGUAUUUGAAAGACCCAGAGUUUAAUCCAAACCUGAUUCGGACCAAAUCUUUUGCAGCAGCUGGACUCUGUGCCUGGGUCAUCAACAUCAUUAAAUUCUAUGAGGUUUACUGUGAUGUGGAGCCAAAACGCCAAGCGUUAGCCCAAACGAAUGUAGAAUUGGCUGCAGCUACUGAAAAACUAGAGGCUAUCAGGAAGAAGCUUGUGGAUCUGGAUCGAAAUCUGGGCAGACUCACAGCUUCAUUUGAAAAAGCAAUUGCUGAGAAAGUCCGGUGUCAAGAAGAGGUGAACCAAACCAAUAAAACCAUUGAACUAGCUAAUAGACUCGUCAAGGAACUUGAGGCAAAGAAGGUUCGCUGGAGUCAGUCUAUUAAGUCCUUUGAAGCUCAAGAGAAGACACUCUGUGGAGAUGUUCUCCUCAUGGCGGCAUUUGUGUCCUAUGUUGGAUCCUUUACAAAGCCAUAUCGCCAGGAGCUGGUGUACUGCAAGUGGGUUCCAUUUCUUCAGCAGAAGGUUUCCAUUCCGAUAACCGAAGGCCUGGACUUGAUUUCCAUGUUGACGGAUGAUGCUACAAUUGCCACCUGGAAUAAUGAAGGACUUCCCAGUGACAGAAUGUCCAUUGAAAACGCCACUAUCCUGACACACUGCGAGCGCUGGCCCCUGGUGAUAGAUCCUCAGCAACAGGGAAUUAAGUGGAUCAAGAAUAAGUAUGGAACUGACCUGAAAGUCACACAUUUGGGCCAGAAAGGGUUUCUGAAUGCCAUUGAAACUGCUUUGGCUUUUGGCGAUAUCAUCUUAAUUGAAAACCUUGAGGAAAUGAUAGAUCCAGUCCUUGAUCCGCUGCUUGGCAGGAACACGAUUAAAAAAGGAAAGUAUAUCAGGAUUGGAGAUAAAGAAUGUGAAUUCAACAAGAACUUCCGACUUAUCCUUCACACAAAGCUGGCAAACCCUCACUAUAAGCCGGAGUUACAAGCUCAGAUGACUCUGCUCAAUUUCACAGUCACAGAAGAUGGCCUGGAAGCCCAGCUGCUGGCAGAGGUUGUUAGUAUUGAAAGGCCAGAUUUGGAAAAACUGAAGUUGGUUUUGACAAAGCACCAAAAUGAUUUUAAGAUCGAACUGAAGUAUCUGGAGGAUGACCUCCUUCUGCGCCUUUCUGCGGCAGAGGGAAGCUUUCUGGAUGACUCCAAACUGGUAGAGAGACUGGAGGCAACAAAGGCCACCGCAGCAGAGAUAGAGCACAAGGUGAUCGAAACCAAAGAAAAUGAAAGAAAAAUCAACGAGGCCAGAGAAUGUUACAGGCCUGUGGCAGCAAGAGCAUCUCUUCUUUAUUUUGUUAUUAAUGACCUCAGAAAAAUCAACCCCAUCUAUCAGUUCUCUUUGAAGGCUUUUAACAUGCUGUUCCACAGAGCAAUCGAACAGGCUGACAAGAUGGAAGAUGUACAAGGGCGCAUCUCUAUCCUAAUAGAGAGCAUCACCCAUGCCAUCUUCCUCCAUACCAGCCAAGCCCUGUUUGAGAAAGACAAGCUCACCUUCCUGUCCCAGAUGGCUUUUCAGAUUUUAUUGAAAAAUAAAGAGAUAGACCCCCUUGAGCUGGAUGUCCUGCUUCGAUUCACAGUUGAACACACUUAUCUGAGUCCUGUCGACUUCCUGACUGCUCAAUCGUGGAGUGCUGUUAAGGCAGUUGCCCUUCUGGAAGAAUUCCGAGGCAUAGACCGAGAUGUGGAAGGAUCUGCCAAGCAAUGGAGGAAGUGGGUAGAAUCUGAAUGUCCAGAAAAAGAAAAGUUACCACAAGAAUGGAAGAAGAAAAGUUUAAUACAAAAACUUAUUAUUUUGAGAGCAAUGCGCCCUGACAGAAUGACGUAUGCUCUCAGAAAUUUCGUGGAGGAAAAACUGGGUGCAAAGUAUGUGGAGAGGACCAGACUGGAUUUAGCUAAAGCGUUUGAAGAAAGCAGCCCAGCCACCCCAGUAUUCUUCAUCCUGUCUCCAGGGGUGGAUGCCCUCAAGGACCUAGAGAUUCUUGGCAGAAGACUUGGGUUCACAAUUGACUCUGGAAAGUUCCACAAUGUGUCUUUAGGACAAGGUCAGGAGACAGUAGCAGAAGUGGCACUGGAGAAAGCUUCCAUAGAAGGACACUGGGUCAUACUCCAAAAUGUCCAUUUGGUAGCCAAGUGGCUAGGAACCUUGGAGAAACUCCUUGAAAGAUUCAGUCGAAGAAGCCACAGAGAUUACAGGGUUUUCAUGAGUGCUGAGUCUGCUCCUACACCAAGUGAGCACAUCAUCCCUCAAGGACUACUGGAAAAUUCUAUUAAGAUCACUAAUGAACCCCCUACUGGGAUGCUGGCCAAUUUGCAUGCUGCCCUCUACAACUUUGAUCAGGAUACACUUGAAAUGUGCUCCAAGGAGCAGGAAUUUAAAAGCAUCCUCUUUUCUCUGUGCUACUUCCAUGCCUGUGUUGCCGGGAGACUGAGGUUCGGCCCCCAGGGCUGGAGCCGCAGCUACCCUUUCAACCCAGGAGACCUCACUAUUUGUGCCAACGUCCUCUACAACUACUUGGAGGCAAACCCUAAUGUCCCAUGGGAAGAUCUCCGUUAUCUCUUUGGUGAGAUCAUGUAUGGAGGUCACAUCACAGACAACUGGGAUCGUAGACUGUGUCGGGUGUAUUUAGAAGAAUUUAUGAAUCCAUCUCUGAUUGAAGAUGAACUUAUGCUGGCACCAGGAUUUGCUGCCCCACCCUACCUAGAUUAUUCUGGCUACCACCAGUACAUAGAGGAGAGUCUUCCUCCAGAAAGCCCAGCACUGUAUGGCCUCCAUCCAAAUGCUGAAAUAGAAUUCCUGACGGUGAUGUCCAACACUCUCUUCAGAACUUUGCUGGAGAUGCAGCCCAGGAAUGCACUCAGCAGUGAUGAACUGGGGCAGUCUACAGAAGAAAAGGUUAAGAAUGCCUUGGAUGACAUUUUGGAGAAACUUCCAGAAGAAUUCAACAUGGCAGAAAUAAUGCAAAAAAACUCAAAUCGAAGCCCCUAUGCCCUUGUUUGCUUCCAAGAAUGCGAGAGGAUGAAUAUUCUCAUUCGAGAAAUCCGUGGAUCGCUUGAACAAUUAGACCUUGGUCUGAAGGGGGAGCUGACAUUAUCUCCCAAUGUGGAAGCCCAGCAGUACGCACUGAGUUACGACACAGUACCAGACACUUGGAGGAAACUGGCUUAUCCUUCUACUUAUGGCCUAGCCCAGUGGUUUAAUGACCUCCUCCUGCGAUGCCGACAACUGGAUACUUGGACACAAGACCUUGCCCUCCCGGCUGUCGUGUGGCUUUCUGGCUUCUUCAACCCCCAAUCCUUCUUAACUGCAAUCAUGCAGACCAUGGCUCGAAAAAACGAGUGGCCACUGGAUAAAAUGUGCUUGACUGUGGAUGUUACCAAAAAAACAAAGGAGGAUUAUGGCCACCCCCCGAGGGAAGGCUCGUACCUCCACGGGCUGCUCAUGGAAGGUGCCAGGUGGGACACCCAGUUGGGAAGCAUCGCCGAGGCCCAUCUCAAGGAGCUGACAGCUGCAAUGCCAGUCAUCUUUGCAAAAGCCACACCCGUGGACAGACAAGAAACCAAAAACACCUAUGAGUGCCCUGUGUACAGAACCAAACUGAGAGGCUCCAGCUAUGUCUGGACCUUCAGGCUAAAGAGCAAAGAGAAGGCCGCAAAAUGGGUUCUGGCAGGCGUGGCUCUGCUGCUAGAAGCGUGAGACAGCCUAGGACUAAGCCUGCAUCCCUCCGGCAGCAGCCAGAGCGCACAGGAUUCCCACUGGCCACUGCACUGUUCCCAUGCCCCUUGAUUAUUCUACUGAAAAGGCACAAAACGUAUUCCAGCUGAUGUCUCUUUUUAGUAAUUUACACGUACAUUCGCUUUUUAAAACGCUAUCCUUUAAAAAUGGAGAAGGGGGAGAGGAAGAAGCAAAAAUGCAGAAAAACCAGCAGAAACCUAUUCAGAAGCCAUGGUCGCUGAUUUUAGCCUUCCUGGGUCCCCUGCUGAAACCCCAUCCCUCCACACAAAACAAAUAAGUCCAGUUUCUCUCUCUUUUUCAUCAAACUUUGAACAUACAACCUCAGAAACAAUACAGCUGGGAGGAAAGGAGGGGUUUUAGUUCUUAUGGAAAUUAAAAAGCAGUCUUUUUAAAUAAAAAAUUAGCCCUUAUAUUCUUUCAAAACAUAGAAGCAGCAGGCCCCAGGUGAGUCCUGAAGGAAGGGAUGGGAUGGACACUCCUGCUAGCCGGUGGUACUCCGAGGCCUCCAGUGUCUGUAACGUGACGGUCCACUUCUGUUCAGUCAAGUUUGAAUACAAAUAAAACUUCUAGUACUGUCA